AUGGCGGGAACUCUCGUCCCCCCGUGGUAUGAGGAGCAUCCUCCCUCGAUCAACGACAUGAACGUCGCGAGCAUGUUCUGGGGAUUCACACUUGGAGUCGGGCUGUGGAGCGGAGUGAAGGGAUACCGACAGACUUUGGCCAGUUGGAAAAGGAUACACCGGGUCAACGCGUACGUCUGGCUUAUAUGGGCGGAAUGGAUCUCCAGUAUGGUCAUUGGCAUCAUUUCGUGGUGCUAUCUGACCGGAAGAAUUGAGACCAGUUUCGAGUACUUCUUCCUCCUCCUCGUUCUCUGGUCUAUUCAGGUACAAUGUCUCGUGCAAAUCAUCAUCAACCGGAUCGCAAUCUUGAUGCCGAUACAAUCGCAAGCGAAGAGGCUGAAAUGGGGUGUUUUCGCCAUCAUCCUCGCCAUCAAUAUCAGCGUCUUUUGUAUCUGGCUACCCGCCCGACUCCAGAUAAACAAGACCUACAUUCACGUUAACGAGAUUUGGGACCGGGUUGAGAAAGGUAUCUUCCUGCUUGUCGACGCAAGCCUCAACCUCACUUUCAUCUACUUGGUCAAGUCACGGUUGAUAGCCAACGGUUUGACCAAGUAUACGCGCCUUUUUAACUUCAAUCUCUGCAUGAUUGCGGUUUCAAUGUCACUGGACAUCAUCCUCAUAGCGUUGAUGUCUCUACCGAAUACUCUAAUUUAUGCGCAAUUUCAUCCACUAGCCUACCUCCUCAAACUACAUAUCGAGAUGGAAAUCGUCGUUCUCCAGAUCAACCGGAUCGAGGUCGAGGAGGUUUUCAAUGCCGUACCUCGGAGCCCAAUUUAUGUUGACGUCAACUGA